AUGUCAGGCUCCAAGACAAGCUCUGAGGAAGGCCCCGAACCAGGAUCGCGAUGGACGCUCGUGUUCGAUGGUGCUUCAAAUGCUCGUGGCCAUGGCAUAGGUACUGUUAUCACUUCCUUAACCGGUUUCCACCUUCCAUUUACCGCUAGAUUAUGUUUUGACUGCACCAACAAUAUGGAAGAAUACGAAGCAUGUAUCUACGGUUUGGAGGCGGCCAUCGACUUAAGGAUUAAGAUUCUUGAGGUGUACGAUGAUUCAGCUUUGGUAAUAAGCCAGGUAAAAGGUGAUUGGGAGACUCGGGAUAGCAAGUUGAUACCCUAUAAAGAGCAUAUCAGAAAACGGGUACCCUAUUUUGAUGAAAUCUCCUUUCAUCAUAUUCCCAGGGAAGAAAAUCAGUUAGCAAAUGCUCUAGCUACAUUGGCAUCUAUGUUCAAAGUCAAAUGGAAGAAUGAAGCACCAGUUAUCCAUAUUGGCCACUUAGAUGAACCAGCACAUUAUCUAGUAAUCAAGGUCGAUUCCGAUGAUAAGCCCUGGUUCUAUGACAUAAAGAAAUUUCUGGAGAAACAACAGUAUCCCAAGGGUAUAUCUAUUACUGAUAAGAAGGCUCUAAGAAGACUCUCUUCCAAGUUCUUCCUAAACGAUGAUGUGUUAUACAAGCGAAAUUAUGAUUAUGUACUACUCAGAUGCAUGGAUAGACAUGAAGCUAGUACGAUCAUAAAAUCCAUCCAUGAAGGUUAUGAAGGUGUACAUGCGAAAGGUCCUGCUAUGGCCAAGAAGAUCCUUCAGGCUGGAUAUUACUAG